AUGCAUCCCCAUCAACACCAGCAGCAUCAACAUCAUCAUCAACAGCAGCAACAGCAACAGCAGCAGCAACAGCAACAGCAGCAGCAACAGCAGCAGCAGCAGCAACAACAACAACAGCAACAAACGAUGUAUGUUGCACCACCGCAAGCAAAUGUGUUAUUUUAUCCAUAUAAUCAACUACAAUCAAUGCAAGCUGCAUAUCCAAAUCCAGGUCUUGCAUCUAUCAGAUAUAUACAAGCGCCAAGAGAGCAACAAAAACAGAAAUAUCGAAGUGAUCAAUUAGUACCACGUUCAUCACCACCAGUAACAUCACCUAUUCAACAACAAAUUCAACGUUCAAGUCCAAUUAAUAUGGCACCAAUGUCAUCACCAAAUAUGUGGAUGAAUAAUACGACAUUACAAAAUCCAGCAUUAUUUCGACCUAUUAUUCGUACAAUAUCAAAUGGAAAAAUUGAUGAUAAAACUCAUGUUCCUAAUACAAAUAAUAAUGUUGGAAAUGUUACUGCUGCACCACCACUAGCUAUGUCAUUUGAAUCUCCUAAAUUAUGUCGUCAUCAUCAACAUCAUUCAAAACGACAAUCAUCAUCAGACAAUCGUCAACAACGUCAACGACUUCAUAGUGGUUCAAGUUGUUAUGAAUCUGAUUCACCUCUUUCUAGUGAAAAUGAAGAUGCAUCUGAGUCACGUCAAACAAAUUCCAAGUCAUUGGCAUUGGUAUCAUUGUCAACAAAAAAACGACGGCAUUCAUUAGGUCGAGCCGAAUUAACGAAAAGUAAACAAAGGUCAAAAGAUAAUCAUCUCUUAUUAUUUAGUGUUAAUUAUGGAGGUUUUUCAACUAUGAAUCCAAGUUCUUUAUCAAGUACAAAUCAUACAUCGUUAACCAAAUCUAAUAAUAGUUCACUUUCUCGUCCUAAACUUCUACAAUAUAUUGAAGAAAAUGUUAUUGGAAAAGAUUAUAUCUUUCAAGGACCAUGGGGUUUAAGACGAAUGAUCUAUUGUGAUUAUACAGCAUCGGGUCGACCAUUAUUAUUUAUUGAAAAUUAUAUCAAAAAUGCUGUAUUACCUUUAUAUGGUAAUACACAUAGCGAAACCAGUUUAUGUGCACAACAAUCAACAAAAUUUCGUGAAGAAGCUCGUCAUAUAAUUAAAAAAUCUGUUAAUGCAAAUGAUGAUGAUGUUUUAUUAUUUACUGGUACUGGUUCAACAGGUGCUGUUCAUACACUUGUUGAUUAUUUUGAUCUUCAAGAUGAAACAAAUAAAAAAAAAUACAGUCGUUAUUAUUAG